UCGAAUUCGAUAAGUUAGCUAUUAUAUAGCAGCUCCUGAAAUUCUGAUCUUCAUGAAGAGUUCGAAAUUCCUGCUAGCGUCGCUGUUCUUACAGCUCGUCCACUCCCAGGUCCAUGGUCAUGAAUCCUCAACCUCUAAUGGGUAUCCUGCCUACGCACGGACCGAUGGACCUGCAGGAACAGCAGCUGACAGAAGCAAACUCUUGGUGGGAGCGGCUGUCGAAAAUAGAAAAUCCUUACCGGGUGGAGUAACUGAAAUAGACUUUAAAAAAUUCAACGUGAAAAUGGGUGAUGGAGGAGGCAAUGUCACUCCAUAUAUGUUGAAGGCUCAUGAGCAUACUCCAUCAAGCGAGAAUAGCAAGGGGAAAAAACAUAUUUAUUUGAAGGUGUCAGGCAUAAAGAACGACCAGAGUUCGCGUAAACUGACCGUCAUGAACGAAUUACAGAAGAUAACAGGAACACCUGACGCGGAAAGCAGCCAGCAACUACACAUAACACCUGACAAAGACGAAGACAACAAAGCCAAGUUUUUUUUCGCUGGAUACAGAACAACCACAGAUACCAUCGUCAUAACCAGACCACAGCGAACACCAGACUUCCAGCGAACACCAGACCACCAGCGAAUACCAGACUUCCAGCGAACACCAGACCACAGCGAACACCAGACCCCAGCGAACACCAGAUCACAGCGAACACCAGACCUCCAGCGAACACCAGACCUCCAGCGAACACCAGACCACAGCGAACACCAGACCACCAGCGAAUUAUUAUGUGAGAAUAUUUAA